AUGAAGGAGAAUCAGAGCAGUGUGUCUGAGUUCAUCCUCCUGGGGCUCCCCAUCAGGCCAGAGCAGCAGGGCGUGUUCUUCAGCCUGUUCCUGGCCAUGUACCUGACCACAGUGCUGGGGAACCUGCUCAUCAUCCUGCUCAUCAGGCUGGAUUCUCGCCUCCACACCCCCAUGUACUUCUUCCUCAGCCACUUGGCUUUCACUGACAUCUCCUUUUCAUCUGUCACUGUCCCAAAGAUGCUUAAUAACAUGCAAACUCAGGACCAAUCCAUUCCCUAUGCAGGGUGUAUAGCACAGAUGUAUUUUUUCAUAUUUUUUACUGAUUUGGACAAUUUCCUCCUCACUUCAAUGGCAUAUGAUCGAUUCGUGGCCAUCUGUCACCCCCUCCACUACACCACCAUCAUGACACAGGAGUUGUGUACAUCACUAGUGGCUGUAUCCUGGGUCAUGUCCUGUGUCAGUGCCCUGUCUCACACCCUUCUUCUGGCCCGGCUGUCCUUCUGUGCAGACACCACCAUUCCCCAUUUCUUCUGUGACCUUGCUGCCCUGCUCAAGCUCUCGUGCUCAGACACCUCCCUCAAUGAACUGGUCAUUUUCACAGUGGGGGUAGCAGUCAUUACUCUACCACUAAUAUGCAUCUUGACCUCUUAUGGCUGCAUUGGGGUCACCAUCUUAAAAGUUCCAUCUACCAAAGGGAUCUGCAGAGCCUUGUCUACUUGUGGUUCCCACCUCUCUGUGGUGUCUCUAUAUUAUGGCACAAUUAUUGGACUUUAUUUUUUCCCUUCAUCUAGCACCUCCAGUGAUAAGAAUGUAGUUGCUUCUGUGAUGUAUACAGUGGUCACUCCAUUGCUAAACCCUUUUAUUUAUAGUCUUAGGAACAAAGACAUGAAGGGGGCUCUUGAGAAACUCUUCAAUAGGGCAACAAUCUCAUCUCAAUGA